AAAGCGGUGCAUUGCUAGGAUAGCCAAAUCCUUUAGAACAGCUUCAUGUCAUUUAAUGCCAGUGAUAUCCAAGAUGAACAUAUGUAGAAGAACUCCCCAACAUGUAUAUAAAUGGUGCCAGGCCCAUCAAAGAAUUAGAAGCAAAAGAUCACCAGUAUAUCCUUGAGUUCCUAAGCCACCAUGUUCAAGUUACUUGCAGCUAUUCUUCUCCCAGUGCUCUUCUUGAGCUUUGCCAUGGCAUUGGGGCAGCAGGGCAAUGUGACCGGCCUGAGCUUCCAGCUUGUCGCCCUUCACCAGGCUCCUGACGAGCAUACCAACAAUGGCUCUUCCCAUGCCACCGAGGACCUGAACCUGCCGAUCUCGACGUCGGCCCGGUUCAUCUAUGGUGUGUUCGUGUCGAUCGGCACGGGGGAAGGCACCAGGCGGAAGGUCCUUGCGCUCGACACCGGUGCCAGCACGUCAUGGUUGAUGUGCGAGCCAUGCCAGCCACCUCUUCCGCAGGUCGGCCACCUCUUCUCGCCGGCUGCAUCACCCACAUUCCAGGGUGUCCGUGGCGAUGGCCCAGUCUGCACCGUGCCGUACCGGCACACGGACAAAGGCUGCUCUUUCCGCUUCCCGUUCGCUGCUGGGUACCUCUCACGCGACACCUUCCACCUGCGCAGCGGCAGGUCGGGCACAGUCAUGGAGUCCGUCCCCGGCAUCAUGUUUGGCUGCGCGCACUCGGUCACCGGGUUCCACAACGACGGCACCCUCAGCGGGGUGCUAUCUCUGAGCCACUCGCCGCUCUCGUUUCUGACACUGCUUGGUGGGCGUUCCAGCGGGAGGUUCUCCUACUGCCUCCCCAAGCCUACCACGCACAACCCCGACAGCUUCCUCCGGUUCGGCGCCGACGUCCCGAGCCUGCCACCACACGCCCACACGACCACCCUUGUGCAUGCCGGCGUCCCUGGUUACCACCUCAACAUCGUCGGCAUCAGCCUGGGGAACAAGCGUCUCCACAUUGACCGACACGUCUUCGCUGCGGGCGGUGGCUGCAGCAUCAACCCGGCUGUUACCAUUACAAGGAUCAUGGAGCUGGCAUACCUCGCCGUGGAGCACGCGCUGGUGGCGCACAUGAAGGAGCUGGGGUCAGGCCGGGUGAAGGGUAUGCCGGGCAGGUCACUCUGCUUUGACCACAUGGACCGGUCGGUGCGCGUGCAGCUCCCUGGCAUGUCGUUUCACUUUGAGGAUGGUGCUGAGCUUCGUUUCGCGGCGGAGCAGCUGUUCGAUGUGCGCGUCAUGGCGGCGUGCUUCCUUGUGGUGGGCCGAGGGCACCACCAGACGGUGAUUGGUGCCGCACAACAGGUGGACACGCGGUUCACAUUCGACAUCGCUGCCGGGAGGCUAGCCUUCGUGCCGGAGACAUGCGACUGAGACGCGGCAACCUAAGUUUUGUCAGU